GGUUGCCAUAGACGUCCCAAAACAUUUAUCCAAUAUGGCGACCACCUAAACCUAAGAUAUGGCUAAGAGUACAUUUUAUUCAUUUGCACAAAGUUUUUGGAAUUGUGCGUGGAUAUGUCAGAUCGUUCUACUUUCUAAUGCUGCAAGCAAUGUUGUUUUUCAGCCCUCGUAUAUCAUCGCAUCUGGACCAUCAGUGUCGUCUCUCUUGCUUGGAAAUACGUCUGGAAUAACUCUGACACUGACGACAAUAGUUCCGUCAAACUCAACAGGUCAACUUCCACCCCCAUCAUGCACAGAAGAACCAUCUCAGUGGGUUCUCAAACAAGAAUCAGUGAGCAAGACUUCCUUGCAGGUGCAGCUAAGUUUAAACCGAAGCUUUUAUCUGUGUGGCAGUAAUGACACUGGUGACAACUGUUGUGUAGAACCACUAUGCGUCCUGGAGGUUCUCCGAGUGUCGGCCUGUCGAGGAGGGGCACCCCAGGCAACACUGCUCAUCCAGGUUAAGAUCUAUGCUCUGCUUCUACCAGCAGGCCCAGUAUCGGAAAAUAAAACGGUGAUUCCCAACCAAGUCUUCCAGCCCCUGGGCUCCUGUCCCUGUGACCUUACUCUGGGAGCCUGUGAUAUCCGCUGUUGCUGUGACAAGGACUGUUCUGAUAAAACCAAGAAGCUUUUCGAGGGACACUGUUUCCAGGGGCCCUUUGGAGGAGACGUCUCCCCGACUCCUGAUUACCAGUGCUCUGCACAGUCUGCUGAAAACGCCCCGGACUGGUUUCCUUUCCUCUGCGUCACGUCCUCGCCUGACAACAACCCCUACCUGGGACUCUUCUACCAAGGACAGACGAUAACACCUAAACCUGGCCCGUCUUUCCAAGCGACCGUGCCGUCCACCCCCCCUUCCUCUACUCCGUAUCGCCAGGGAGACGCCAUUUUCACCACAAACAACCGCUUCUUCACCAUUCCCCAGAACUCCCUGAUUGGCCAGUGUGUGGAAAAUGCCCCCGUGGCAUUUUUGGAGAACUUCCACGCUGAAUGUUUUAGGCGUCUCCUCUCCUGCCCAGAUCAACCCCCCUUACAGACAAAUCCUGCUGAUCUGAAGGUCAAAGUAAAAGAUGGCAGAGGAGGUGUAGUGACAGUGGAGGUGACCGAUGAAACAGUCAUCGACCUGACUGGUUUUGUGUUGAGUCCUGACAUCAAAGACACCUCUCCACCUCCAGAUGGAAGUCAGGUUUGUGAGAAUGUGACCCUGGCUUUGGAUUACAACUUCUUCUGGCAGGGAAACAGGCUCACUGACAUCACUCUGACCCGCUCAGUAGGGGACGUCCCUUUGAAUGGCAGUGUGGAUUUAACUACAAGGUAUUCUGCUGUCUUCUUAAACGGUGAUGUCAUGGCAGAGACUAACUCUGGAAACCCAGGGUAUCAAGUGGGUCGACCUGUUAUCGGUGGGAUCUUGGACACCUUUGGAAAUGACACAGGAGCCAUGCAGAGGACCCCAAUUCACCUGUGGAGGCCAGUGAGUUCCGGGCUCUGUAACUCUGCAGAAAUUAGGCCAGCUGUGUUUGGGGAGAACUCAACGGCAGGAUGCCUGCUGGCUGUAAACCUCCAGAACCUGUCUCAGUGUAGUCUCCUCAGAGAGACGGUUGGCUUCCUUCAGGCUAAUCUGGUAACAGCAACACAUGUAGCCAGAACAGGAAAGCCGGAUUUUCGGAACCUGGCGGACUGGGUGAACAUAACAUUUUUGACACCAAACUCGGCCCAGGUUGGGGAUGCGAGUGGGUCAUGUUCGGGUGUUCCAGCCCACCUGCACAUCCAUGUUAGCACCCUUGUCUCUGGGCUCGUGGAGGGAGUACCUCAGCGGGAAAUCCAAGCGAUAGAAGUCGGUUACACGGAGUCCACGUGGAAGUUGGGAUGUGGAGGUGGAGAUCCAACCCCGUGUCUCAAUCCAGCGGUGACGCAGAAUUUCCCUCUCACCUCCUCCAUCACCUUUACCUCAAUCCACAUUAGCACUGGGCCGCCCCAAACCAGGUUUCAGAUUAACUUCACAGAAUACGACUGUGACAGGAACGAUGUGUGCUGGCCUCAACUGGCUUUCCCGCUGACGAGAUAUUACACAGGAGAGCCAUAUUCCCAGGCUCUGGCUAAAGGCUUCAUUUUGGUGUUUUUCUUCAUUGCUUCCUGUAUUCUCGGGACUCCAUGGAAACAAAUAAGGCAGGCUUGGAACAGCGCUUCAAUCUAGUAGCCUAUCAAACAGGCGAUUUUAUUAUGGCUUGAAUUAAUUUUAUAUUUAUUUUUGGAAUAAGCGGAAAUGGUUGUGGUGGGUCAAAAGUUUAUUAAAGAUAUAAACAGGAUUUGUUUGCAUGUCUGUAAAAAAAAAAAAAAAACAAGAAGGAAGAAGAAAAAGAAUGUAAAAUAUGGUUUGUUUCUAUUUUUA